CCAGCAACCCGACCACCGAAUAAGUCUCGAUGUUAGAGAAGAUGAUACGUUUUUUAUCGGGUAUCAACAAAAAAGUGAAUAUCCACCCUGCCCGUGAACCGAUAAGUUCAAUGGGGAAAAUUAUGUUGAAAUUUAUUCCCAAUUUAAUCCCAAUUAAACCUUAAAUUUACGAUUAAUUUACGAUUUGUCUGCACGUUCCCAUCCAUCCAUCUGCUGUUUGCUUGGACGUAAUAACAUUUACUGCAGGUUCGUCAGUUUCCGUAAAAAAGACAACUCCGCAAUACUAUUUCUGAAAGUAUUUCUUCAUUCUUGGAGACAAAACGCAAUAGUUUUGGGAAGUAAUUGGGAGGAUUGCUUAUCUUUAAUAAGGAUAAGGAUCCCAUUGAACUCUGUGAUUGGAUAGAUGCACACAAAACUGGAGAGAUUUGUACAAUAACAAUAAUUAAUUAACUGCGCCAUACGGCAUGCUGGCUGAUUAAACUUUAACUGGAGAACGACACAUUUGUGAAGAUGAUAAGUUAACCGAUCUCGCGUCUUAAUUUUCUUCGACGUUUAAGAAACAAUUUAGAAAGAAGGAAAAGACGAAUUUAAGUAAAGGACGGAUUCAAAAUGGGAGGUGCUGUAAGUUCCGGGGAGAGUAAUGACGAAUUAAUUGACAAUUUAAUGGAAUCUGAUUACAUUAAGACGACCAAGGUGGAACAUGUCUUCCGAGCUGUGGACCGUGCCCUGUAUUACACGGAUGCAUUCAAAUCCAACGCGUACAAGGAUUUAGCUUGGAAAGAUGGGAACCUGCAUUUAUCCGCGCCCUGUAUUUACUCCGUCGUGCUGGAGAAUUUGAAGCUGGAAAAAGGCACAAGUUUCCUGAAUAUGGGGUCCGGAACGGGGUAUUUUAGCACCUUGUGUGGCCUAAUGAUUGGAAAGAAUGGGAUUAAUCAUGGGAUUGAAUUGCACCCGGAGGUCGCAGAGUAUGGAAGAGAUAAACUGGAAGAAUUCCUCUCCAUAUCGCCAGCAAUUGAUGGAUUUGAUUUUUGUAUGCCGGAAUUCGUCGUGGGGAAUUGUUUGAACCCGAUCUCGAGUAGUAUUCGCUACGAAAGGAUUUACUGUGGGGCGGCCUGCCCGGAAGAAAUGAUUCGAAAUGUGACUGAUUUGCUCAAAGUUGGAGGAAUAUGUGUAAUGCCAGUAAACGAUUCGCUCAUGCAGAUAACUCGCAUAUCUGAAACUACAAGUGAGAGAAAGUCUCUGCUCCCUGUCUCAUUCGCAACCUUGAUCGCACCACCACGCGGAGGAACCGAUAAGAAACCAGUCGUUCUUCCUAAACUGAACCCAUUAAGUCUGAAAGAACUGUGUCGGAUGGAAAUACGUGGCAUUAUUCGGAGCGGAUUUAUGCAACCGGACGGCCGCAUGCCGCCCGGCAAGGAGAAAAAGAAGCGUCGACACCGUCGCCGACAAUUGCGACAGGAACAGCGUCGUCGCGCCAGUCGACUUCUCGUCGUGCAAAGGAGACAAUCAGCCGGUGACGAUGGCGAAACCGGUUUCGUCGCGGUCGCCUACUCUCUCGGAAAUGACAACUCUUCCGGCGACGAAUAUUACGACGGUGGACUCGUCGUGCACGACAACCACGAUCACGAAGACGACGAAGAAGGAAUGAACGACGUAUUGUCCCCCGCGACGGACACGGAUGACACGCAGACUGACAGUGAUAACGAAAUGCCCGCUUUGGAAGGGGACAAUGUCCCCCCACCACCACCACCACAAGCACAAGCGUCUACUCUGCCAGAACCAGUAGCACCAGCCCCUAGCACGAGUAGCUCCUCUUCCUCCGCCGUCCCCCCAACGCCCCAGUCGUCAAGUAGUCGACCUCAUAGCAUCCUCUCCCGACGUAACGACGACUUGCCCCUUGCCGGCGAACCCGACAACAACGCUCCACCGGGCAACGGUUUCCUCGGGGCGAACGGAAGUGACACGUUUCUCCGCCGGAUUCGCGAACUUUACCAAAGAAGGGAACAAAGGGGUGGAUUUCGUCAAUUGUCCGGCCUCAUUGACGCCGUUCAAUCCGCCGCCCCGUUCAUGCGGGCACGUGCUGCGGCUAAUGCGGCCGCUGCUUCAACUUCUACCGGACAAAGAAGUGAAGGUUCCCCAAGUAAUUAUGACUCGGCAUGUCACUAUUCGUCACAUUCGUCUCUGACAUCCUCCACGAUUUCGACAUCAUCCAACGACACCUCGCCAUCCGACGAUAGCGACGAAGAAAUGGAUGGGCGACGAAUCAAUCCGAAUCAUCUCUUCUCAAAGAAUGGACAUCAUCAACCCAUUUCCGGCAGCGCGGAGUCCGGCGUGGUCGUGACGGAUUCGCCAGAACGGAAAGAUGACGACGACCAAGACCAAGAAAUGUUGGGCGACGAAGGUGACGACGCUGACGCCGACGCCCAGAAGGGCAAGAGCAAGAAGAUGCGAAAACGUAAGAAGGCCGGCAGUCAUAAGAAGACUCGUUACUUGCGUGGCCCCCUGAACCCCCCGCCCGCCGAAGUAUUUGAGGAAAUGGAGCGUGAAGCUGAAGAAGCGGAACGGCGGGUGGCAGAAGAAGACGCGGAAGAAGCAUUGCUCGACAACACGCCGGCCGGCAGACUGAAACGGAACCCGGCUUCGGUCGAGAUGCGAACCCGAAUCGGACAACUUCCCAUGCUCCCACCUCCGGUCAAAUUGUACCUUAAUUUUUACCGGCAACUCGACCUUGAUUGAUUUAUGCGCAUUUUCAUAAUAAUUAUUGAUGAUUAUUAUAAUUAACGAUGAUAACUGAUGAUUUUUUGGUGCUUUAUAAUAUUUAGCUACACACAAAUGAUGAUACACAUUUAGCUACGUAGAAUUGUUUACUUACUAUUAUACCGUUCUUAAGACUAAGAGUUGAUUGCAUUAUUCGAUAAUAAUAUGCAAAUUAUUACUGUUAAUUAAUUAUAUUCGUAGUAAAAUUAAUAGCUACAUGAAUGAAUACAAAUGAUAAUUUCUAUACUCUAUUGAUGUUUCUCGCAGCAAACUUUUUGCGCAGAGUAAAAUAAAAUGAAUUAAAAUGUAUUAAAAAUGAAAAGACAAGAUUAUUGGAGGUUAUCGAG